GUUCCCACGGACCGCUCGCCUAUAUAACGCCCCACUCGGCGCACUGCACAGGCAUUCCAACACUGUCCGCCGUUCGUGCAACAACCGUGCCUGCCGCUCUCAGUGUUGUCGACCACUCUUGCUCAAACCCGAGCCCAACCGAACAUUAUUAUACUAUACACUAUUACUGUACACGUGCCGUGCCGCCGUUGUCGUUUUUUUUUUCUGCUCGAAUUUAAACAAUUUUAUUUUUCGUUUCGUGCGUUUCGUGCGUUUGUGUGUGUUCGUCGCCAAAAAUCAAAAAAUGUCUUCCGUCGCCACAGAAAUGCAACAACCCGUGUCCAGGACUUACCAAUACAGAAAGGUUAUGAAACCAAUGCUUGAACGCAAACGCCGUGCCCGCAUCAACCGUUGCCUGGACGAGCUCAAAGAGAUCAUGGUGGUGGCUUUGCAAAACGAAGGCGAGAACGUCAGUAAAUUGGAAAAGGCCGACAUCCUCGAGUUGACCGUGAGGCACUUGCACAAGUUGCGCCGCCAACAGCGACUUUCCGGCAAUCCGGUCACCGAAAUGGACCGCUUCCGCGCCGGCUACACGCGUUGCGCCUCCGAGGUGUCCCGGUGUCUGGCCGCCACUCCCGGUCUGGACGUGACGUUGGGCGCCAACCUGAUGACCCACCUGGGCCACCGGCUCAACUCGAUCCAACCCGUGGCCACCCAAACAGCCAGUGCCGCCGCCGCCGCGCCGCUGUCACUCAACGUCGACUCGUCUUCCAUGUCAUCCGCCUCCUCCUCGUGCUCGUCGCCGCCACCGGCGUCGCCGUCCAGCACGGCUUCCUACCCGAUGCCACUAACGCCCAACUCCACCGUCGGCAGCGAGUCCUCCGACAACCUUCUCCAGGUAGUCGACAUGUCUGUGAAGUCACAUUGCACCGCCACAUCCAACCAGUCCGUAUGGAGACCAUGGUAACACUUAUGCAACAACGGCUCUAACGCGUCCCGCGGUCUUACCGAAUAAUAAUUAUCAACAUGGCUAUAAUUACCAGUUAAUCGAUUUGUAUGAUUAUUACACUUUUUUUUUUUUGUUACUUCCAUAUAAUUUCUAUUAUUAUUAUUAUUAUUUUCUUUUUAAAAGCAUUUUGUUUGUAAAUCAAUCAAAUAACUACGGGGAGGGGGGAAGGGAUGAUAUGAUAGAGGUCAAUUCUAAAAUUGUUAAGGCAUUUUUUUAUUCGCACAUGUUUAACUGCAAAUUUAUUUAUAACUAUGUUUUUAUUUUCAAUGCCUAUCCUGUGAUACUAAGAAGGGUAAUUUGUUCUCAUAAUAUAACUUGGUAGUUUUAUCUACCUCAUAGAUUUUAAUUUUUUUAAUUUAUUUUACAUAUUUAUUUGUGUAUCUCUUUAUUUAUAUUUUAUAUAUAUACAUAUAUGUAUAUUCGUAAGAAUAUUUACAAUUUUUUGUAGAGACUGU